UGGCUUUUCAGUUUGCAUCGAGCCACACGAGUUGGUGGUGUCGCUUGAGCGUAGAGAAAGCCACCGAACAAACUUUUUUUCCCCAACAUUAGCAAAGAUGACUUGGAGCAGUUUGCCGAACUGCCUGAAGCUACCGCUGCUGCUGCUGCUGCUGUUGCUGCUGAUCGGAUCAGGUGCCGCGCAGCAGUACAACGCAUCGGCGCUGUCUGCGGUGGGCCCAGCGCCCAUUUCGCCCGUGCUGAAGCAGUCCCAGAACACGUUCGUUCAAUGGGUUCUAUCACUGCUGCCGCAGCGACCCGGCGCUGCCACCGAGAGCGUCACAAUUGCCGCGCUGAGCAGCUCGGCGACGACGCCCACUGCGACGCCAGCUGCGGCGUCGACAACCUCAACAACCGCAGCAACAACCACAACAACUAGAGCAACAACCACAACGACCACAGCAGCGCCCACAACAACGCGAAGGGCAACGACGCCGGCGCCACCGACGCUGAGUCCGCCGAGGAGCUGCAGCGACUGCGUCUGCGGCGUGGCCAACAUCCAGAAGCGCAUCGUGGGCGGGCAGGAGACGGAGGUGCAUCAGUAUCCCUGGGUGGCCAUGCUGCUCUAUGGCGGACGCUUCUAUUGCGCCGCCUCCCUGCUCAACGAUCAGUUCCUGCUGACCGCCUCGCACUGUGUCUACGGCUUCCGCAAGGAGCGCAUUUCGGUGCGCCUGCUGGAGCACGAUCGCAAGAUGUCGCAUAUGCAGAAAAUCGAUCGCAAGGUCGCCGAGGUGAUCACCCAUCCCAAGUACAAUGCCCGCAACUAUGACAACGACAUUGCCAUCAUCAAGCUGGACGAGCAUGUGGAGUUCAACGAGGUGCUCCAUCCCGUCUGCAUGCCGACGCCCGGGCGCAGUUUCAGGGGAGAGAUCGGCGUCGUCACCGGCUGGGGCGCCCUCAAGGUGGGUGGGCCCACCUCAGACACGCUGCAGGAGGUUCAGGUGCCCAUUUUGUCGCAAGACGAGUGCCGCAAGAGCCGCUACGGCAACAAGAUCACGGACAACAUGCUCUGCGGCGGCUACGACGAGGGCGGCAAAGACUCCUGCCAGGGCGACAGCGGCGGCCCCCUGCACAUCGUGCCCAAUGGCACCAGAGAGUAUCAGAUCGCUGGCGUCGUUUCGUGGGGCGAGGGCUGCGCCAAGGCUGGCUAUCCAGGUGUCUAUGCGCGAGUGAAUCGCUACGGCACCUGGAUCAAGAACCUCACCAAACAGGCCUGCCUCUGCCAGCAGGAGACCAAGAAGAUCAAGUAAUUUGCUGCAGAGCUCUCGCAGUACACUUGCUUUGGCAACAGCAACUGAAGAUGAGCAUGAGGAUGAGGAUGAGGCUGAGGCGACUGAAUGAAUACUCUAUAAUAACUAUUUAUUAUUUACGAUAUGCCCUCAGUCAAUCGGAUUUGCCUUGAUUGGACGAAAUUCAAGUUUUUCCAUUGGAAAACUUUCGUUAUUUUUCGUGAUACAUCAACCAAAAGAUUCCAAGCAUAAGACACCAAACGGAAAGUUUAGUUUUUUAGUGGCAAAAAAAGACUAAUUUCUUUCUCUAAAUUAUGUUCCAAAUUAUCCAUAUAAUGUGAAAAGUUAGCAAAUGCCUCUGCAAGUGUAUCCAAGGCUUCGACUCGUCGAAGAUAUUUUAUUUACUUAUUUUCCUUAUUU